AUGGGGGGUAUACUUCUUAGUAAUUUGUUGCAAGAUCUAUUGGGGAAAUGGAAAGAAAAAAAAAUAAAUUUAUAUAAUGUAUGCUAUUGUUUUAACCAUAUAAAAAAUGAGCUAUUGGAAAAUCAGAAGAAUAGGAAGGAAUUAUUUUUAAAUGAUAUUCAUUAUGAAAUUCUAUCUUUUUUUUUUAAUCUUCUCAAAUAUAAUAAUAACACUAUUGAAACUACUACUAGUAGUAUCAAUUGGAAUUCUGACCAAACUAGGAGCAUUUGCUUUUACAUUUCUUUUGUAACUUUUAUUUUCAGUGUAGAAAAUGAACUUAUUAAAAAAAAUAACCAAUUAGUAAUAAAACAUAUCGAAGAAGAAUAUUUAAAGGAGCAUCAUGAAAAAGAUAUAAUAAAAAAAUUACUUUCAAAAAAUAAAAACAAUUCCACUAUUGGAUUAGAAACACAAAAUGUACAAAAACCUUCCAUAGAAAAAAAUGAUAAAAAAUUAAACACCCAAGAAAAUGGCAACACCUUUAUAUCUGAAAAUGAAUUAAAUUCAAAAAUACGCGAUGCAUCUAUUUUUGAAAAAAUAGAUAUGAUCAUCAAAACUAUCACGCACUUAGAUAUUCCUAGCACGCUACUAGAAGGAAAUAAUGAUAAAGAUGAUAACCCAAAUUCAAUUAUUUUGUCUUUGCGAUUAUUCGCUUUAUAUGGAAUUACAAAAUUUGUGUUCCUUAUUUCUCAAUACUCGGAAAAUGUAUCCAAACAUUAUCAUAAACACAUAAAAAAUGUACUAAUUUAUAUUAUUAAUAUGAAAGUAAAUAGAUAUAACGAUUAUUUAAUUGAUAUGGCAAAUAUUAUUUUAUUAUAUAUUGUUAAUAUAAAUUAUAAUAUAAUUAAAGAUUAUGAAAAGGUAUUUUUUAAUUUUUUAUUUAUACAAUUAAAAAGAAAAGAGGCAUUUAAUAUUGCUGUAGAACAAAAUUUUAUCACAUAUUUACAAAAAAAAGGCAAAUCAAAUUUAAAUGAUGAAAUAUAUAAAAAUAUAAAUGAUUAUGCUAGUGAUAAUAUUAAUUUAUUUUUAAAAUAUAAAAAAAAUGAAUAUUUAUAUGCCUUUUUAAACAGUAUACAUUUAUUUAAAAAUAUAAUGCAUGCAAAAAUUAGUAAUAGUGAAGAAAAUAUAUUUAUUAUCAACAAUUCGAAUUUUAUAAAUAUCAAUCUAAGUAUUAAAUAUAUCAUAAAUAAUAUACAUAUGUUAUUAGAGUGUUUGUCAAAUGCUGCAAAAAAUUGGAUUUCAAAUAAAGAAUUUGAUUUUGACACUUUUUGCAAUAAAGAUAAAAAUAUUUAUUUCUCUAUGGAAAAUAAAGAUAAAAAUGGUAACCCUUUUACUAUUGAAAAUUGUUUGAAUGCCAUCAAAAAUAACGAACAAAUGAGUCACAUAUUUGUAAAAUGUUCACACUCUUUUAAAUCUCCAAAUAGUGAUAAAUUUGUGAAUAAUAAUAUAUUCAAAUAUGUAACGGGUAAAAUUUUUUCCUUUUUUCGAGGAUUAGUAAAAGAAAUGGAUACUGAAUCGAUAAGUUUAAAUGCUCAUAUAUUUGUAAAUUUUAUGAAGCAUUUCUUUAUAUACAAUAAUGAAUGUGACUUGUUUUUAGUUUAUUUUUGGGGAUCAGAAUUUAUUUUAUAUUCCUCUGAUUUAUUAAUCAAAUGUCCAAGUAUAUUUGAAGAAUGGGUAAUAUAUAUAAUGUAUAUUUUUCGAUCAUCAAAUUUGUUAAUUCAAAAUAAAGUAUCUUUUGAUAGUAAUAACAAUGAUAUUUCAGAAAAUAUAAAAGGACAAAAUACAAUCUUAAAUAUAUUGAAUAAAAUAAAAAAUAUAUAUUUUGAUCAAACUGAUUUUAAUCAAAAAUUAACAGAUAUAUAUUCCAAACUCUACAACAAUUAUGCAAGUAUACUUUUGAUUUUUUUAAAACAUAUUAAGAGUUACAUAAAUGAAGAAAUAAAAAAUACGAUUUUAAUACAUUAUGAGCAUUUCUUAUUUAGCAUAUUUGAUAAAAAAAAUAAUCUCAAUUUUAAUCUAAUUUUUAAUAACACUAUUUCUACGCAUUUAACAUUAAAAAUAUUAUUCGCCUUUUUUAAAGUUAAAAUAUUACCCUUUCAAAAUAUACAUAAUUUUUAUUUUAAGUUGUCAAAUAUCAAAAAUUAUAUAAAUCAAAUAAAUAAAUCAAAUUCAUUUUUAUAUAAAAAUAAAACAGUUAACAAUGAUUUAUAUAUUGAAAAAAUUCAAACGUUUCUUUUAAAUAAUUUAGACACAAUCACAAUUAACCAUCAUUAUUCUAUCUAUAAUAAAAAAAGAAAAAAUGAAAUUAUCAAUCGAAUUACAAAUAUAUCGGACCAAACUGAUAACGAGAAAGAACAAAAUUCUUUUAAUAAAACACAAAAAAAAAAUAAAAAUAAAAAAAAGGAACUAAACACUCAAUAUGAUGAGUUUACUAAUUAUCCUACUUUUAAAAAAAUUAAAAAUAUAUCAAAACAAAAUGAAGAAUUUAUUAUUCCAAAUGAUCAUCCUGAUUUUCUUGAGAAUCAAAUAGAACAUCAUUUACCCCAAAAUGAAAAUCAAAAUUGUUUACAAAAUUUUGACAAUGAUAUUCAUAAAAUUAAAAAAAAAAAAUCAAUAGGAAAAGGGAAUAAUUCCAAAGAUGAUAAUAAUUCCAAAGAUGAUAAUAAUUCCAUAGAUGAUCAAACAAAAGAAAUCGCUCAAAGUUAUCAAGUAUAUAAUUAUAAACAAAACAAAAAUCCUAUAAUAGAAAAUAAAACCCACCAAGAACAAAUGAUAAAUUCACAGAAAGAUAUUGAUAAUGUAAAAAAUAAUAGUAGCAAUAAUAAUGAGGAAAAUAAUUUCGAACCAGAUGGUAACAUAAACGAAAAACCCUCUGAACAUAAUAAAAAAAAAAUUGAAAAAAUUAAUAAAUUGAAAAAAAAAAAAAAUAAAAUAAAAAAUAUUGAUAAAUAUAAUUUGGAUAAAAACUCCCAAGAUUUAAAAGAGUUAGCAGAUAAUAUAAAAAUAGUAUCGUCUUCCGAUGCUAUGAAAUCUUUGAAGUAUAUGAAGCAAUCCAUAUUAAAUGAUUUAUAA